AUGGCAUCGGGGGAAACCUUGUACAUAGAGGCGGACGGGUCGGAGAUGCCUGCAGAAAUAGUGGAACUGCAUGAAAUUGAAGUAGAGACAAUACCAGUGGAGACUAUUGAGACUACGGUGGACGAGGAUGAAGAUGGGCAGCCUAUGAUCGCGCUGCAGCCUCUGGUCUCCGAUGACUCCAUGCAUCACCACCACCACCACCACCACCACCACCAAGAAGUUAUCCUCGUCCAAACGCGAGAGGAGGUCGUGGGUGGCGAUGACUCCGACCUGCACGGGGAUGGCAGCAGCGCUUUCGAAGACCAAAUCCUCAUCCCGGUGCCCGCUCCGGGAGUGGAGGACGAAUACAUAGAGCAGACUUUAGUGACUGUGGCCGGGAAAGGCGCGAUGAGUCGGGUGAAGCGAGCGGGAGGCUCCGGUGGCAAGAAAUCAGGCAAAAAGAGCUAUUUGAGCAACGCAGAGGCUGGUGCGCGCAAAUGGGAGCAAAAACAAGUGCAGAUAAAGACGCUGGAAGGCGAAUUUUCCGUCACAAUGUGGGCCUCGGGUUACUCUGAAGACAUUGAUCACGAGUCUGUGGUAGAGGAGCAGAUCGUCGGGGAGAACUCGCCUCCAGAUUAUUCCGAGUACAUGAUGGGGAAGAAGCUGCCCCCUGGUGGAAUUCCGGGAAUUGACCUGUCCGACCCCAAGCAGCUGGCCGAGUUUGCCAGGAUGAAACCCAGAAAAAUCAAAGAAGACGACGCGCCGCGGACAAUAGCCUGUCCUCACAAAGGCUGCACCAAGAUGUUCCGGGACAACUCUGCCAUGAGGAAGCACCUCCACACCCACGGGCCGCGGGUCCACGUCUGCGCCGAGUGCGGGAAAGCCUUCGUGGAGAGCUCCAAACUAAAGAGGCAUCAGCUGGUCCACACGGGAGAGAAGCCUUUCCAGUGUACUUUUGAAGGCUGUGGGAAGCGGUUUUCUCUGGACUUCAACCUGCGCACACACGUCCGGAUCCACACCGGGGACCGGCCCUACGUCUGCCCCUUCGACGGCUGCAAUAAGAAGUUCGCCCAGUCCACCAACCUCAAGUCCCACAUCCUCACACACGCCAAAGCCAAGAACAACCAAUGA